ACUCCGCCCAUUCCCGAUCUCACUGAAGUGGAGCCGGCAUCACAGAUGCUCAGCGUCAGAUCAAGCCCAUAUAAAAAGAAGAACUCUCCACUUUACCCACAGCAGAUGACAGGAUCUCCCUGAGCCGGCACUAUCUGGAAUUGAAAAAGAGGAAAAGAAAAUCUCCAAGUGAAGAAAAUGAAAAGACUGAAUUCUCUGAGGCUGUAUUGUUGAAUGGAUAAUAUCAACAUACUACUGGCAAGCACAGCUUCCACUGUUGGGACAAUAUCUUCGACACCCCAGCUAUGGGUUGUCUUAACUUAACCAGUGGAAAUGAGACUGGCAGGCACCCUUAUACUGUGCAGACCUCUGUGCCUUUAACCAUCCUAGUGGGUAUCCUCAUCCUGCUAACUGUGUUUGGCAAUGUCAUGGUGGUGAUUGCUGUGAUCACCAGCCGAGCCCUGAGAGCGCCUCAGAACUUGUUUUUAGUCUCUCUGGCAUGUGCGGACAUUCUGGUUGCCACCUCAGUGAUGCCUUUUUCUUUAGCCAAUGAACUGAUGGGUUACUGGCACUUUGGGAAAGUAUGGUGUGAAAUCCACCUGGCUUUGGACGUGCUCUUCUGCACCUCGUCCAUCGUUCACCUGUGUGCCAUCAGCCUGGACAGAUACUGGUCUGUCUCUCAAGCCAUCGAGUACAACCUGAGAAGGACGCCGCGCAGGAUUAAAUGCACAGUCAUCGUAGUUUGGGUACUGGCGGCUAUUAUAUCCUUCCCUCCACUUAUCACAAUGAAGAAGGACGAGGGGAAAGAAGAUCGUCCCGAAUGUAAAAUUAAUGAGGAGAAAUGGUACAUCAUAUUCUCCAGCACUGCCUCUUUCUUUGCACCAUGUGUCAUCAUGAUCAUGGUGUAUGUUAGAAUAUACCUGAUUGCCAAGAAAAGAACCAGAACCCCGCCAGGUGAAAGGCAGAGAGGAUUCGGAAACACAGAAGAUGCAAAGUGUGGUUUGGAGAGAAAAGACGGAGAAGAGAGGGAGGAGGAAGAGGGGAACGGAGCAGAGAUCAACGGGCUAGAUCUGGAGGAGGAACCAUCCUCGUCUGAUGGGAAUGACACUGUCCUAUGUUACCGGAAGAAGGGGAGUUGUGUGAGAACAGCCAAAGGGGCUCAGGUGAAGCCGGGGGAAACCUCUCUGAAGCCAGAGGCGCAGCCCUGCGUGGGUCCGAGCAAGUGGAAAGGGAGGCAGUACAGAGAGAGGCGCUUCACAUUUGUUCUGGCUGUGGUCAUGGGAGUGUUUGUUCUUUGCUGGUUCCCCUUUUUCUUCACGUACUCGCUCACAGCUGUGUGUGACGCCUGCUGUGUCCCAGAGACACUGUUCAAAAUGUUCUUCUGGUUCGGUUACUGCAACAGCUCACUAAACCCUCUUAUUUACACCAUAUUCAAUAAUGACUUUAGGAGGUCUUUUAAAAAGAUCCUGUGUAAAAGGAACAGAGUACGUUUAUAAAUAGGAUUUUUUAUGUAUGCAUUUUAAAAUACAGCAUGUUUGGUCAUCUGUACCUAAGCUCAGAUAAGUGUACAUUUUACACAGAUAUUUAUGGAAUAUACGAAAAAUGUGAAAAGAAGCAUGUUUUGCCAUUGUGUUUUAACAUGUUGUGUAUUACCACAUCAGUAAAUAUCUGUAAUAUUAAAAUCAUGCCAAAUA